GUAUCAGUCCGGCCUCUCGUCUAUCUCAAGAGCCUGUGCACACACUCUCUGUCCACGCUUCGAAUGGCAGCUCAGGAUGGACAGAUGGCCCCGCCUUGACAAUCAUGUAUCUUUGAAAUCUAACCUCUGUCUGCCGCAUUUCUACUGAGGACCAGAUCUCAGAUCUACCCGUUCAUUGCCGUUACCGAACCGACUCGGCCGAGUCAAGCCUGCAAGGGGCAUGAGCUUGAUUUCACGUCUUGACGUGAUUAAUGAACAAGCAGCUAGCUGAUGUCACUAUUCCGCAGUGGGCCUUGGCCACCCACUUUGCAAAUUAAGUACCUCUCUUUUUGCGCUGACAGCUUCGGUAUUAGUAGUACUAUCUCCUACUCCGGCAAGCUCAGGAAGACUUGAAAUACAGCACUUCCGCAGGAACUCUCUAAUUCCCUUCUUUCAAUGUCGCUCGUUUCGAUAUCUUACUCUCGUUUUAUCCAUAGUCGACCGACCUAAUAAUGUCACGACUGUUCGUUACCCAGUUGCUAGGACUGGCAGCUCUCCUUCUUUCGCCAGCUUCAUCGGCUCCCACUACCGGUUGCGAUUGGCGGAACGCAAGCGAGGUCACAACAUUGCAGUCCGUCCCUGGAACACAGUCGCUCGAGAACAUUGCCGUUCGGGAAAAUGGAAAUCUUCUAGCCACGUCUACAGCCUCGCCGACCCUUUUCGACCUGUCGCCUGAAGCCAAGCAUGCGCCGAUCCCUGUUGCCACUAUCGACGGCGUCAACAGUCUCCUCGGAAUCACCGAACUCGGCGAGAAGGAUGUCUUCUACGUCCUCGGAUCAAACCUGACCUCGACCGAAAACUCGAAUGGCUUGUGGAAAGUCGACCUCCGCAACUUCCGCACCUCGCACAACGGAACUGUGCUCGAACCAGCUGUGCUUUCGCUCGUCACGCUCAUCCCGUCCGCUCUUCAGCUCAACGGCAUGGCUCGCUUAGCCAAGAACGACACCCAGAACUUGCUCAUGUCCGACUCUGCCCGUGGAACCGUUCUUCGACUUAACGUGAACACCAAAGCUGUCGAGACGGUCCUUUCUGAGCCCGAGAUGGCUCCGGUAUCAUCGAGUUCGAGCAUCAGCGUCGCUGUCAACGGAAUUCGCAUCCGGGGCAACAAACUCUAUUUCGUGAGCUUGGACCAAGGCCUAUUUGGCAGAGUCCCCAUCUCCCUCACCACCGGGUUGGCCACUGGCCCCGUUGAGACUCUGACUACCAACAUUACCUUUGAUGACGACUUCGCACUGUCGAGAGACGGCAAGACUGCCUACGUUGCAACGAACGGCCCUCUGGAGGUUCUCGGAGUUGACUUGGUACAUGGAGGAAAGACUGUUGUUGCGUCCUCGCCUCUCCUCGGGGCUGCUUCAUCGGUGGCUAUUGACUUGCACCAGCCUCGCAAGGUGUUGUACGUGACAGGCGCCGUGGCAUCUGGCAACAGCACUGUUGGCCAUGUGUCCCGCGUUACUUUGAGGUGCUAGGCUAAGGCUUGAGGAGCCUCAGAGCAGUUUCCUCUCUUUUUUUGCAUCGGGUACGAUGCUAUUGUCGAUAAUAUGUCCAUGUAAAUAAGACGGGUCUCUUUCGUGAGAUCACGGGUUUUUAUUAUUGUGAACUUCACAAGUGUAGUGAAUAUUGCAGCCUGGAAUGAACGAAACAAAAUGGGGUAUUAUUGGUCAAAACUCGUUGUCUAAAUGCUCUUCUUCCGCACUUCCCACCAGCUAUGUAACGGCGGAGCUCCCGAGCAUAAUAUGUUUAUCGGAGUCUUCAAC